AUGGCCGCUGUCGACGUUCUCCAACGCAACAAGAAGCCCCUUCCCUCGCCUCGUAUCGGCCCUAACGGAGGUGAUACCUACCGCUUCACCCGCAAGUCUGCCGCUCCCAUCUCUCGCUCUCGCAAAGCCUACCUCGAUGCUGCCGACGACGACGAUGAUGAUGCUGCUGCCGACCGAGCUGAGAUCGAUGAGGCCGAUGCUGCUGACCCCUUCACUCUCGUCCCUCACGUAGCUGAGCAGACGCUUCACGCUGUCCACAGUGCCAUCUUUGGCCAGCCAUGGGCCGAUCUCGAGCUUGUCGUCAGUGCAGGCGGAAAGAAAGAAGAAGUUGUCUUUGCUAACUCCAAGAUUCUCAAGAAAGCUUGCCCUGCUCUGAUGCACCAGAUCAACAUCACUGGCCAUUCUGAGCUCGACACGAUGGAGCAGGAGCAGAUCAACGCUGCUGCUGCCAAAGCGAAGCAAAACGGCGCUGGUGCUAAGGCCGGCCCUCGUCCCCAAGCCAGCCACCGAUCGACCAACAGUCUCGGUCUGGUUGAUUACGGAGGACGCAACUCGCGUCUCGGUGCACUCAACGAUCAACGCGAUGACGAUGCCGAUGACGUUCGUGACCGUCACGAUGCUGAAGAUGGCGAGGAAGAGUACGCUGACUCGGUGGCUGAACAGCCUAAGCGCUGCGAGGAUCGACACAAUGAUGACGGGCACGACGAUGGCACUCAUCAGGACAUCGACAGCUUUGGAGAGGACGAUCUUGAUCUCACCCUUGGCAACCGAGGCAAGGUUGCUGGAAACACCCUUCCCGCACCUGCUCCUAUCGAAAUCGCUGCCCAUCCCACAUUUUUGCGCUCCUCAUCGCGCUUCUCGAAGCUGAUAAAGUUCAUGAACAAGGACAAGGCAUCCCCUACCGCCGAGACCGAGCCUGCAGGCAUUCCGCCCAGUACCGCGAGCACCACUGACUACGGCAACGACACCGUCGGCCGCGGUCGUGUCCGUCGCUACAGCGCAGGCAACGAUCUCUCCUCCGCCAUCAACGGCUCUCGCCCCGCCACCGCAUCUCGUGUUCAAGUCACAGGCUGUUCAGCUGCCACCCUCCAAGCUCUCAUCUUUUACCUCUACACCGGUCACGCAACCUUCGCCUCUCGCCUCCCCGCCCGCAGCCCUGCUCGUCGCUACCGUCGUUCCCGCCGCGAUUCCUCAUCCUCUGCCUCGCUCAACUCUGACCGCGACCAAUCCGCCGAUGACCGCAGCGAGGAUGACGAGAACGACGAUGACAAUGCCCCCCUUCCUGCACCUCGCGUCAGCAAAUCACCCAGCUACCCACCCGUCUUCUCCGCCACCGCAGCCUACUGCGUCGGUCGUCAACUCGGUCUACGCGAUCUCGCCGAAAAGGCCUUCGAUCACAUCUGUCUCGAGCUCUCACCCAAGACGGUGUUGGCCGAUCUGUUAAGCCCGUUCGUUGACCGAUUUGACGAGGUUCAGAGAGCUCAUCUCGAGUACGUAGCGGAGAACUGGGACAGGGUUAAGCGUCGUCCUGACUUCCAAGUCACUGUAGCGAAGCUCGUUUCUGGACACUAUCCCAAGGCGAACAAGGCACUGCUUAAGCUGUUCGCUAAGCUGUCCGUUUCGGGUGCCUGA